AUGUUUACCGAUAACAAGCAAGCUCAAGCUCAAGUUCAAUUCCCCAUGCAAUGGAUCGCCGGUAUGGAUGUCGAUGUCCAACCCAAGGCUGCCCGUAAGACUUCCAUCAUUUGUACCAUUGGUCCCAAGACCAAGCCCGUUGAGAAGCUUGUUGAAUUGAUUGAUGCUGGUAUGAACAUUGUCCGCAUGAACUUCUCUCAUGGUGAUUACGAAUACCACAAGUCUGUUCUUGACAACGCUCGUGCUGCUGCUGCUGCUCGUCCCGAUAAGGUCAUUGCUAUUGCUUUGGAUACCAAGGGUCCCGAGAUCCGUACUGGUUUGAUGCUCAACGAUACCGAAGUCCCUAUCAAGAAGGGUCACCAAAUGAACAUCACCACCAACGAAAAGUACGCCACUGCUUGUGAUGGCGAGAACAUGUAUGUUGAUUACAAGAACUUGCCCAAGGUCAUUGAAGUCGGUAAGAACAUCUACGUCGAUGAUGGUGUCCUCUCCUUCAAGGUCCUCUCCAAGGGUGAUGAUUUCGUCCGUGUUGAAGCUCAAAACAACGGUAAGAUCUGUUCCAAGAAGGGUGUCAAUCUUCCCAAGACUGCUGUCGAUCUUCCUGCUCUCUCUGAGAAGGACAAGAACGAUCUUCGUUUCGGUGUUGAAAAUGGCGUUGAUAUGAUCUUUGCCUCUUUCAUUCGUCGUGCUCAAGAUGUCAAGGAUAUUCGUCGCGUUCUUGGUGAUAAGGGAAAGAACGUCAAGAUCAUCUGUAAGAUCGAGAAUCACCAAGGUAUCCAAAACUUUGAUGAAAUUCUUGCCGAAACUGACGGUGUCAUGAUUGCUCGUGGUGAUAUGGGUAUCGAAAUUCCUUGUGAACGUGUCUUCAUUGCUCAAAAGAUGAUGAUCGCCAAGUGUAACUUGGUCGGUAAGCCCGUUGCUUGUGCCACUCAAAUGCUCGAAUCUAUGACCUACAACCCUCGUCCUACUCGUGCUGAAGUCUCUGAUGUUGCCAACGCUGUCCUCGAUGGUGCUGAUCUCGUCAUGCUUUCCGGUGAAACUGCCAAGGGUGAUUACCCUAUUGAAGCUGUUAGCACCAUGUCUGCCACUUGUGAAUUAGCCGAAAGUGUUAUCUGUUACAACCCUCUCUUCAACCAAAUCCGUGGUUUGACCGCCUGGCCCACUGACACAACCGAGACCAUUGCCAUGUCUUCCGUUGCUUGUGCUCAAGAAAACAAUGCCUCCGCUAUCAUCGUCCUCUCCAAGUCUGGUCACUCUGCCCGUCUUGCCUCCAAGUAUAGACCUUCUCAACCUAUUAUUCUCGUCACUCGUGAUGAACAAACUGCUCGUCAAUCACAUCUCCACCGUGGUGUCUUCCCCUUCGUCUUCAAGGGUGAUGUUGCCGCCAAGUGGGACGAAGAUGUUGAAUCUCGUAUCAAGUGGGGUAUUCAACAAGGUAAGGAAGCUGGUCUUGUCAAGUCUAACGAACCCGUCGUCAUCGUUCAAGGCUGGAAGGGUGGUCUUGGUAACACCAACACUGUCCGUGUCUUGAUUGCUCCUUAA